UCCUCAAAAUGUCCUUGUUUUCCUGUGGGCUGAGAACACGAUGCUCCUCCCACCCUUCUCUUUUCAGAAGCCAAGCCCCUUUUUAAUCUGUAUAAAGUCGACAGUCUUGGGAUCUAGUGAUUGAAGAAACUGCCUUCUCUCUGAGACCAAGCCAGAGACCCAGGGUCCUUCAGGGCAGUAAGGCCACCAUGGCUCAGAAGUCCCUGGUCCUGUUUUUGUGGCUGGCCCUGGUGCUGCUGGUGCUGGGGUGGGUCCAGCCUUCCCUGGGCAAGGAAUCGCCAGCCAAGAAGUUCCAGCGGCAGCACAUGGACCCUGACAGCUCCUCCAGCAACAGCUCCAACUACUGCAACCUAAUGAUGAGUCGCCGGAACAUGACACAAGGACGGUGCAAGCCAGUGAACACCUUUGUGCACGAGUCCCUGGCAGAUGUCCAGGCCGUCUGCUCCCAGAUCAAUGUCAACUGCAAGAAUGGGCAGACCAACUGCUACCAGAGCAACUCCACCAUGCACAUCACAGAGUGCCGCCAGACGGGCAGCUCCAAGUACCCCAACUGUGCAUACAAGGCCAGCCAGCAGGAGAAACACAUCAUCGUGGCCUGUGAGGGGAACCCACCCGUGCCAGUCCAUUUCGAUGCUUCUGUGUAGGUCUCCACCAGAGAGAUGCCCCACCUCAUCACCAAGGCAUCUGCCUCUGCCCUCUGCUUCUUUGCCCUGGGGGGAAAUAACUUAAGGUAGCCAUGGCUCUUAUUCAUCCUCCACCUCCCACCCCUCACACAAACACAUGCUUCCUUGGCUUGAGGGCAAUAACUCAAGUUACUUAGGGCUCUUAUCCAACAAGAGCAUGCGCCAAUGGCUUGAGGCUUGCUCUUACUUGGUUUGGAGGGUGAGGAGUAGGUUGUGAGGUGGGCCCAUGUUAACCCCUUCACUGCUUCUUUCAAUAAAACAUAUUUGCAACUAUCUGAA